AUGAGACAGCUUGAGUUGAAGUUGCCCUUCAUCGACGCCUUGAUGCUCAUUCCACCUUAUCAGAAAUUUCUGAAGGAUGCUGUUCAGCAAAGAACCAGGGAAGCACAAGGGAUGGUAGUGUUGACUCGCGAGUGCAGUGCAAUCAUUCAGCGGAAGGUCAUCUCCGACAAAAAGGAAGAUCCGGGGAGUUUCACUUUACCCUGCAUGUUAGGACCCCUAUCUUUCAAAAACAGCCUCUGCGAUCUAGGAUCAUCUGUCAGCCUCAUGCCUUUGUCUGUAGCAAAGAGACUGGGAUAUCACAAGUACCAAGCCUGCGGAAUCUCACUAGUCUUGGCAGAUAGAUCGAUAAGGUUACCAACUGGGAUGCUUGAAGACCUGCCUUUGAGGAUAGGGAAUGUGGAAAUCCCCACAGACUUCAUUGUGCUUGAGAUGGAUGAGGAACCAACAGAUCCAUUGAUUCUAGGAAGGCCAUUCCUAGCUACAGCAAGAGCAAUGAUAGAUGUCUGUGAAGGAACAAUUGAGUUAAACUUGGGAAAGGACCUGAAGAUGAAGUUUGAUAUCAAGAUACAAUGA